CUGGAUUGAAUAUGCCAUAUAAUGCGUUUAACACGCAUGUAUAUCUCUUUAAUGGGUCAUAAAGACGUAUCCAAUGUCAUCCAGCCCAGUUCCGUACGAGGGACACCCCUCGUCCUUGCCAGCGAAUUUUCUUGACUUCAGUCCAUUAUCCCCGAUUUAUGUACUGCCAACGCAUCUAGAUGACGACGAGCUUCACGAAAUAGAGGAUCAAAUACAAGAUCUUAAUGGAGACUUGACGUAUGACAUUAAAGAAGCGAAGAUUAUCUUAGGCAAAAUUUCCACAAAAAAAAGGGCCGAACUUGAGCUUCGAAUCCGCAAACUCAGCACCCAGGAAGUUACGGCUCCCAGUGGAACAGGAACAAGCACGAAGAAGCAUGGAGCUGAAGGUCCUCAUACGCCUAGGAAAAGAGUGAAGAUUUCAGAGAUUGAUGAUGAUGAUAAUGUUGCAAAUUGGAAGGUGCAGGGUGAGAAACGAGCCGUGGAAACACAUCUAUCGCCGUCUUCAAGGUCGUUGUCAAAGAACAUCUCAGAUUUGGGAAACGGGCAGCAUGCAUCUCCAAUUAACAGAUAUGAGAUUAUUGAUCUGACACAAGAUGAGCCGACCCCAACAGACACCCCUUCGGACGCAGAUACCUGCAAUCUGAUCAAGGUUGUCAAAUUGCAAUGGCUCAAUGACUGUAGAACAAGGAACGAAGUCUUAGACAUCAGUCCAUACCUUGUCUACGAAGGAAAAAUAAAGAUGAGACCACCGGAUCCAAUAAAUUCGCAGCAACAAUCCGCGGGUAUCGUUCGAGUUUACCAGAGAGACGCACCGAAGUCACAACACAUUCUUGCUGAGCGACCGACUGGCUCAGAAAUACUCGAACGCGCCCGAUCAGACGUGAAUUAUAAUCAAGCAACUCAUCAGGAUGCUCUCUAUGGCGCAGCACCACAUGGAGAGCGCAGGUUCAGGAACCAGAGCAGUCGAUCCGGCGGGAAGCAGAAUGAAGUAUUCAGGAAACCCGCCAAGUUGAUGGAGCUAACAACCGAAGAAUACGAAAGCGCAGGCGAUCAGGAGAUGCCGCCAGCGCCGGAUUGGGUCAAGCAUCAUCAGCUUUACGCGUGUCAGCGCGUCGCGCUGAUCAAUCCACCGAAUGGCGAUUUCAUUGAGGAGUUAAAAAAAAUCCGACUCGCCAGAAUACUAACGAAUGAUGAAAUCGGCGUGAGAGCAUACAGCACAUCAAUAGCUUCGCUAGCGUCGUACCCCUACAAAAUCAUCAAUCCGAAAGAAAUUCUUAGGCUGCCUGGCUGCGACAUCAAAAUAGCAAACCUGUGGAUCGAGUGGAAGAACAGCAACGGCAAAAUUAAAGCCGCCGAAGAAGCUCAAAAUGACCCGACUCUUAAGAUUUUGAACCUGUUCUAUGAGAUUUGGGGUGUAGGAGCCACAACCGCCCGCGAAUUCUAUUACGAAAAGGGCUGGACGGACCUGGAUGACAUUGUUGAGUACGGAUGGGACACGUUGACUCGCGUUCAGCAGAUAGGGGUAAAAUACUACGAUGAGUUCCAGAAAAAGAUUCCACGAUCAGAGGUCGAAUUUAUUGCGAGCAAGGUGCGCGAGCACGCAGUGAAGGUACGCGAUGAAGGCAUAGAACUCAUGGUUGUGGGUGGCUACCGUCGAGGCAAGAAGGAAAGUGGAGACGUGGAUAUUAUCGUUUCGCACAGGCACCUGGACAAGACAGCUGGGCUGGUGCAAGACAUUGUUGAAUCUCUUGAGCAAGAGGGUUGGAUCACGCAUACUUUGACGCUGAGUCUUACGAACACGCAUCGAAAUCAAUCUACACUGCCUUUCAAAACGUCUAAGCCGGCUCACGGCGUCGGCUUUGACACUCUAGACAAGGCCCUUGUCGUGUGGCAAGAUCCAGUGUGGCCGAACAUGGAAGCGGACUUGCGGCAGAAUCCAAACAUGAAAAAUCCGAACGUCCACCGUCGAGUUGAUAUAAUCGUUUCACCAUGGCGAACGGUUGGAUGCGCAGUGUUGGGAUGGACUAGCGGAACCACAUUCCAGCGAGACCUUCGUCGGUACGCUCGAAUCGUGAAAGGUUGGAAAUUUGACUCGUCCGGAAUAAGGGACAGAACCACAGGCGAAGUGGUGGAGCUUGAAGGCCCAGACGGCGUAAGUGGCAGCAUGGUUGAUGCAGAGAAACGCGUUUUUGAGGGCUUCGGACUUGAAUACAGAGAGCCUUGGGAGCGGUGCACGGGUUAACUAAACGUGCUGCACGAAAUACAGUGCUUUUUUCAGCUUGUGUCUUGAUAACAUUGGUGGUUCUAAAACACGCCUGCAAUAUGUUGAAUGUCCCA